AUGGCCGCUGAGGUACCCGUCAAGGUCAACGAGUAUGUCGGGAUCAGCGGCAGCGCGGCGCUGAAGACAGCGCUAGCGACCACCGUCGAACGGCCGGUCAAGCCUAACAAGACAUGGCGUUACGUGUGGCAAGCCGGCCAACCGGGCGACGCGCUGCAGCUCUUGGAGGGCGGUGUAGCAGAUGCAAGGAUGCUCAAGCAGCGCGAGCUUUGGCGGUCGCCCAGUUGCAGGGUCGGACUCGCCUCUUGCUUACGGCCGUCGGAGAAGCUCUCGUCGGAGAAGCGAAUGCGCAACUUGCCGUUUGCGCAUCGACCAACUAGCACUGGCCACCGCGCCGUGGCCAAGGACUCGCUGCGCAGAGGCUUCGCUGCGCGCUAUGACCGGGUUCGUCGUAUCUGGCGGGCUGUUAACGGCAUGGCCCAGGAAGAUGAACUGGACGCACGACAAGACCAAGGCGUAGGGCGGACUCCCGAGCAGGACUUUGUACUCAACACGACGGUGGACGAAGGAUUCGGCAGGAGGAGCGCAUGA